GAUAGGUAGGAGUGUGUCUGUUACUCUCUGGGUAGAUUGCUGUCAUCGAGACUGACCUGAUUUGAACUGCCCCAACCCGGUGAUAACGUAGACUUUACAAUACAUCAUCAGUUGCUUGUGGAACUGCAAUGGCACUGCUUCCACAAGUGGAGGCAGAACACUUUGACGGGCUAUCACUCCUCUACUGGACAAUAAUGGGGCCCCAAGGCAUCAACCGUGCUGUGGAGAGAAUAGAGUUUACAGACUGUAAAAAAGGACUUGGCGUGAAGAUUAUUGGAGGCUGCAGGGAACAGAGCGGUGAAGAGUUCGGUAUUUUCAUUAAACGAAUUUUGCCAGGUGGCGUGGCAGCACAGGACAAGCGUCUUAGAGCAGGGGACCUCAUUUUAGAUGUCAACAACAUGAAUUUAGGAGGUGUUACAAAUGAAAAGGCAGUGGAAGUUCUUCGCAUGGCGUCAGCUACAAAUCACAUGUCUUUACUAAUAGUACGUGACGACGCUUCCAGGAGGGAAUUUAUUGAGUUAAUGGAAAAAUAUGGCUCCAGCAGUAGUACCAGCUCUGGAUCAGACACUUCUGUUUCCACAGGAAAGUUGACCGACACUGCCUCCUCCUCCUCAUCUUCCAGAUCAACCAGUCCUCUGCUUCUGAGCCCUAAAGACCCCAACCCAGUAUACACCACUGCCUGCAUUACCUCCCCAUCUCCUCAAGUCUGCACAGACUGCAUGAUUCAGUUGAUAUGUGUUGCCAAAGGGACAGGAUUAGGCUUGGUCAUUAGGGGCGGAGCUAACCGUGCAGAGGGGCCAAUGGUGUGUGUUCAGGAAAUAAUACAAGGAGGCGAUUGCCAAAAGGAUGGGAGACUAAAGGCUGGGGACCAGCUCAUAUCCAUCAAUAAGGAAUCACUCAUUGGAGUGACACAUGAAGAAGCCAAAAGCAUACUCACUCAAACAAAACUCAGACCAGACCCUACAGUAGAGAUAGCAUUCAUCAGACAAAGGUCUUCAUCAGGCUCCAGCAGUGGACCCCACAGCCCUAUCUCCGUUCAACCUCCCUGCAGUACAGCCUCCCAACUUAGACCCACUGGACUCGGGGGAACAACCCUGCCCGGAGGUCUCGUUCCUAAGAUGGCCAACACCCCCAACUCUGGAAGCGAGACGUUGCCUUCUGUAGAACUUACUAAGGUACAACCAGCAACAGGAAAGCCUAAUCCCAGCCCCGUGUCCUCACCUGACAGUGCCUGCACCACAGUGGCCAACUCUGAUGCAACUGCUGCCUGUAAUCCCAGCAAUUCCUGCAGACCUUCAAAACAUCUAUCCUCCACUCCCAGCUUUGAGAGAAUAGAGCAGGCACUGGAGGUUCUGGGACUGAAGCCUACUGAGUCUCAGGUCCUGACACUGAGAGAAAGACUGCGUUUGAGCCCAGGAGGGACAGUGGAUUAUGGAGAUUUUGAGAGAGUGGCAAAGGAACUCUUUAAACUACCAUCCAAAUCUGACUCAGAACAGGAAGUAGCAAGAUUGACAUCAGAUGAUCUUAUUGAGUCUCCAUCAAACACUAGGCCCUUGUUAUCAGACUCUGAUGAUCUGGAUGAGAUGGAGAGACUAAGAAAAGAGUACAUUGAGGCCUUAAGAGAGCUCAAGAAAAUGCAGGAUAAGCUGACAGAAUCUGAGAGCCUUAAUCAUAAGAUGCAGCAGGAACUGACAAAAGUUAAACAGGAAGCAAAAUCUGCAGUGGAGGAGAGUCGAUCCCUGUGGACCCGGAUCCAUUUGGCAGAGGCAGCUCAGAAACAGGCCCGGGGAAUGGAGAUAGACUACGAGGAGGUUAUCCAUCUCCUGGAGGCUGAGAUAGCUGAAAUGAAAUCUCAGAAAACUGAGCAACCCAGCUGUGGAAAGGACGAUCUGCAAGAUCAGAAAAAAAGGAUUUCUGUACUCGAAUGCCAGCUACGAAAGAGUGAAACUGCAAAGAAGGGUUUUGAAGUCUCUACGGGUAAACUUCUACAGUUUGUGGAGGCUGUCCAAGGCUUCCUGUCUGAAAACCAAAGCAGUUCAAGAGGCUAUAGUUCUCCCAGCAAUCCAAAGUUGACUAUUCUGUCUCAAACCGUGCCAUCUCAAGGUGGGACGAAACCACCUUGGACAGCAUCUACUCUUGCCGUGGAAGCUAAAGAACUAACUAAUACUGUCAGAGGCAUUCUAGAGCUCGACUGUUUACCUUUUGGCUGGGGUGAGGCGUACACUGCGGAUGGAGUGAAGUAUUACGUAAAUCAUGUAACUCAGACAACAUCAUGGACGCACCCUGUAAUGAGAUCUUUGGGUCUGUCAGAACCAGGAACAAAUGACGAAACCCUGAACUCUCCAGAAUCCACAGCCUAGACUGAUUCCGAAGACUGUGCACUCUUCUCCGACUUUCUGUCAAACUGUUCGGUUAAAAAAGAAAAGAAAAGAAAAACAACCUAAACACGGCAUAUAAACAUGAAGUGAUAUGUGCAUUAUAAAAAAAGUCAAUCAAAAACUGAUUUUGAACUGAUAUUGAAAUAACUAGCAGAUAUUUCCCAAAUACUCCUAAACUCUUUGAUGGGUUGAGAACUCACAUUUGAGUUUUCCCUGUUUUUGUGUCUGUCCACUGUUUUUCUGACAUUUUAGGAAUUUCCCCUCAUGUUAUACACUCACCUCUGUCUAUUUUGUACCUUGAGAAAAACAAUGGACAGGCCCAGUCUGUUUUCCGAUUUUCAGAAAAAGUCCAAAAUAAUUGCACUUGUUUGAAGUCAAAGGCCAUGGCCUCUUUGGUGAAGCAGGAACUUAGAUGGACUGCUUCUGUGAUGUUCAUUCAAUUUGGCUUGUGUUUGCUGCCACUUUGAUCCACUUUCUGAAACUUUUCUUCACAGAUUUGUUUGAACAGGAAUUUGUUUACUUUCACAAACUUCCUCGAACCAGCUCUGAGAGUGAGACACUUCUUCAGUUCAGUUUAAUUGUUCUCCAUAUGAGGACGCAUUUUUAAUUCUGCUGUUAUCGUUAUUUUUAGUGACGUUCAUUAUGCAUAACUGUGAAAGUGUCUUCUCUUGCAUGUGCAAUUAGUUCUGCGCUUCCAUUAGAAAUGUGAGUUCAAUAUACCCUAAGCCUUAUGUGUAUAAUUUCUUGGAAAAUGAUACGACACGGCACAUUUGCUUUGUUGUGAAUUCACUCUGCCUAACAGCGUAAAGUUAGCUUCAGAGAUCUCUUUACGUAGAUCAUGAAGAUAUGUGUUUUUCCUGUAAUGUGUGAAUUCUUUUGUGGUUCUUUUAAAGAUCAACUGAUAAAAAUCCAUCCACAUU